GCGUACAACAACUUCAACAGACACAACUCCAUUGGCGGCAACUGGCAUCUUCCUCCACCGCCGCAUGGCUAUAACAGCAUGAACAUGAACAACUUCAACAACCCCAUCAAUAGUAACAACCAAAACCAACAAAGAAAACAACAAACUCAACAAAAUCAACUUUCAAAUCAGCACAUGUCUGGGUUUCGUAAUCCGUGGUACUCACCUUCGCAACCGUCAUCUGGGGCGGGAUUGGUGCUUUCACAGCUGCCUACCAAGCCGUCGUUAUCUGGUGCCGUGUCUGCAAUUCCAUUGCUUCAACAGCAGCAAAAUAAGAGAGCUCUGUUUGCUAACCAAUUACCGACCACAUACGAAUAUGACGACCAGAGACGUCAACUGAACGCUAUACCCUUCAUUGAUCCGCCAACCAGGGCUGACAACCCCUUCAACCAAUACUUCACCAACCAGGAAGUCGUGCUCGGAGCUGACCGUAGAAUGCUGGCUGCUGUAGAUGGAACAUACUAUGGCUACGGAUCGUAUAACGGAACCAAUGGAUCUAAUUCCAACUCCAACAUAAUCCCAAAUUAUCAGUCUCAGUAUCUUCAAAAGAAUCCUACCAUGCCUGGAGCUAUGGGUAUGAUGAAUAACAGACGUCUGCUGGUUGCUGGAAUCGGUUCUGGCUACAAGCAUCCACCGGGACCAGAACGGGGAGCAUCGUACUACUUACCCCAAGCUCGUGUAGGGCGGUCGCCUCUGAUAGUACAGUAUCAACAAUACCAACAGUCUCUUCCAACACAGAGACUUAGACGUAGACCAGCUCCUAAAGCCUUCAAGGUGUAUAACAAGUUCGAUCUCAAUCCCAAGAUUCACCACCAGCCCAAGUACAGACGGUGUUCAGUCAACUCGAUUCACAUUUCUCCAGUGAAUGCUCUUUCUGUCUAUUUGACAGAAUCGUAUAGUAUCUGUCAGCCACGUAAGUUCCAGUACUCGAAGUCGACAAACCCUAAACGUGUUCUCACAAAGCCGCUGGACCCCAAGUUCAACAACGGCUUUGAUAAUGAAGAUAGCGACUACAUCUUGUAUGUGAACGACAUCUUGGGAACUGAGGAAGGGCGGAAGUACAUGGUCCUAGAUCUUCUAGGUUCUGGAACGUUUGGUCAAGUUGUUAAGUGUCAAAACUUGGCCAACCAGUCGGUUUGUGCCGUAAAGGUGAUCAAGUCCAAGCCAGCCUAUAUGAACCAAUCGUUGACAGAAGUACGACUUUUAGAGUAUCUUAAUGCCAACAGUGAUGGUAAGAACUUUAUACGGUUGCUUGAUACGUUUAUGCACAAAGAACAUUUGUGUUUGGUGUUUGAGUUGUUGGCCUCUAAUUUGUAUGAGCUCAUUAAGCAGAAUCAGUUUCAGGGACUCAACAUGAAACUCGUAAAGUUGCUCACAAGACAGCUACUUGAAGCUAUGGCCCAGUUGAGGGGUUUCCAAAUGAUUCAUUGUGAUCUAAAGCCAGAAAAUAUCUUGCUAUGUCAGCCUGACAAGCCAGAUAUCAAGGUUAUCGACUUUGGAUCAGCCUGUUUCGCCCGUCAGACCAUCUACACAUACAUACAGUCACGAUUCUAUCGAUCCCCAGAGGUCAUCUUGGGUUUGCCCUAUACCGAGUCUAUCGACAUGUGGUCUCUAGGAUGUAUUGUAGGAGAACUCUUCUUGGGUUUGCCUAUGUUUCCAGGUACUUCUGAGUAUAAUCAGAUAUGGAAGAUCGUGGAUAUGUUAGGUAUACCUCCCAGACACAUGUUGGAAGUGGGUCGUAACUCGAUGAACUUCUUCAAGAAAAUCCCCGCUGGACCUGGCGAGACUCGGUCAACGUAUCUGGUAAAAACUUACGACGAAUACUUGCAUUUUCUAGAGACCAGCAAGUCUAAAGAAGACCACCCCAAGAAAGAACAGCCUAAUAAGAACUACUUCAAGCACCGUAUCUUGAAGGAUAUCAUCUUGAACUACAAGUUACCGUCUAAGAAGAUGACUAAUUCAAUGAUUGAGAAGGAAUGCCUGGAACGGCUUCUCUUGAUCGACUUCUUGUCCAAGGUUCUCAACUUAAAUCCUCUUGAGAGGCUCACACCACAGGAGGCAUUGAAGCAUCCAUUUGUAGUUGAUGUUCGCACGGUUGACUCUACCAGCUCGCUGACUCUGAGCGGAAGCAGUGACCGA